AGAUCCAAGUGGUCGGAGCCAGGGGCGAACCCAAGAGUUCAAAACAGAUGGGGCGGGGCAUGGGUUUCAAGAUAGGCGGGCGUGGGGGAUUCAUUGUUCUUCUGUGGAUUUCCAUAUAUUUCUUGUUAUUUGUUAGCCAAAUAUCUGAGAAUAGGAGGGGGGCGGCCCACCCUUAGAUCGCCGCCCCUGGGAGCCCUACUACCCUACGCUUUUUCGACUAAAGAAAUGUAUUGAAAUCCUCAACAACCCACUGUUAUAUGGGAUCGUAAUGUAAGACAACUGCAGCAACACCAAUGACGUAUGGGUGUCAAAAUAACUGGCACAAGCUAUCGGCAUCAGAACUAUAGGGACAGCAACGAAAGACCACAGAAAUAAAAAAAAAAACAACGUAACCAAAACAACGAUGACACUUAGGCAUUGAAAAAAAAACUGUUAAAGUAAUUAUGAUUUUUUUUGCGAGGAGACGCCUUUUUAGAUUGCCAAUGACACAAAUUUUUUUGGAACGGAACUUUAUAACUCUUAAUUUUUAAAACUAAUUCCAGAAGGUUAUGUUUGUACAAAAUGAGCCAGGAAAAUACGAACAAUCUCACUUCCGCACUAUUAGCACAUUAUUUUCCCUAUUUUAAUCACUUCAAAGUUGGCGCUUCUUAUCUCGUAUAAAAUUACUUUUGGGUAAUUCGUCUGGCUUGUCUAUCACACAGUGGUUGCACUACACAUGACAAUUCAUCAUUCCGUAUUCACAGUUCUCGCCAAUGCCAGACGGUUGAUCCACCUUUCUUUGCUUAAACACAGACGAAGGGAACUCCUCGGAUAACUUAGCAGGCUCUACCAUGGCGAACAGACCUGAAAGCCUUUUGAAGUUUGUCAAGUCCAAUUAUGCCGGCUGUGCGAAGCUCACAUCGGAACAAUUCUAUGACAUUUUCAAAAAAUACGACGCAGACGGAAAUGACUGUAUUGAUGCGAAAGAGCUCGAUCUUUUUCUCCAAGAUGUUCAAAAGGCAGAUCCGAACGCGACCAAUCUGGAUGCCCUCAAGAACGAAAUUUUAGAGAAAUAUGACGCGAACUAUGAUGGUGUUAUUCAAAUGAGCGAGCUUGCCCAGUGCCUUCCCUUAGAGGAGAAUUUCCUUGUUGGUUUUCGCAAAGAUAACGUUAUUUCUAGUGUCGACUUUAUGAAGAUUUUCAAGAAAUAUGAUACCGAUAAAAGUGGCUACAUCGAGGUACCCGAACUAAAGGUUUUUCUGAUGGAUUUGCUGGAUGCAGAUAAGAAAGCCAUCUCACCGUCACGGAUCAACGAUUAUGCUUCUGCCAUGAUCGAGAUUUUUGACCGUAACAAGGAUGGCAAGCUAGAGUUGUCAGAGCUGUCUAGGCUGCUACAAGUUGAAGACAAUUUCUUGAAGGAUAUCGACAUUCGAGAAGGCCUUACAAGAGAACAGUUUGAUGAUAUCUUCAGUCAUUAUGACAAGGAUGGUAAUGGUGACAUCGAGGGAGCCGAGCUGGACGCCUUGCUGAUGGACAUACUCAAAAAGAUGGAAAAGGUCGUCGUUACAACGCAAGUGGUGAACUCGUACAAGAAAGAAGUUCUCAAAUUCAUCGACAUCAACAAAGACGGAAAACUGCAAAAAAACGAGCUUGGGCUCCUCCUCUCACACAAGUAGCCGCUGACCAAUUGACGAGCCCACAUUUGGGCUGAUAAGUGUACAAGUGCCGAGUACGAGAAUAUACUUAUAAAAGGCACAAAUGUUAUAAAUGUAUGAUGAAAUCUUAUAGUUAAUAUCAUGGUAUUUAUCAUUUACAGAUUAAUAAAUGAUGAUAUAAUCUU